CAGAGAGUUUGGACGUGCUUAUAAGUGGCGAUCAUCAGACGUGGGGCCCCCCAAAGAACCGCAUUCACGUACCCGAGGGGCCCUGAUGCUCCAGGCCCCCGGAGGGAGAGUGUUUACAUGCAUGAGUAUCCUGGUUAUGAUCAUAUCCUGCAUGUGACGUUUACAUGAUUGAUACAAACCUGGAAAGGCUGCUGUGGUGGUGAGGUGGUGGUUUGGGCUCAGCUGCAGGGGAGAGAGGGGUGGGAGCAGCUCAUGGAAGCAGCGUCAGGCUGUGUGGACCACAGUGGCAAAGCUGGGAGUGUCUGCAGGCGCUGACUGGUUUCCUGUCCUCUCUCCAAACCGUCCCAUUCAUUAAAGAAAGUUCAUAGCCUGCAGACAUACUCACUGAGGGAGCCAGCCGCUUCACCAACACGCUCGUCUUACAUGACAGCUUUCUAAAGAGAAUAACUGGACUAAAACACCUGAAAGCUUCGAUGGAGAACAGCCCGAACCAGGAGGCAGAGGACGGCUCGUACCUGUGUUUCCAGAGAACUCCUUCUCUCAGACGCAAAUGGAGGAAACGUUAUGGCGGUCUGGACGGCAACAAACUCCUGGAGCCCAAUAAAGACCCAGACAUGAAAGAGGAUGGACGGAUGACAGACGAGACUCAGCAGAGGAACAUUGAGAACCAGGAUACAGCACCACGUCCAGCUCCCAGGAGCCUGAUCCAGAACCAGGUCCACACUGCAGUCCAGAAGCCUGUCAGUCUUGUCAGUCCUGGAUCUGCAGUGGUCCCUUUGUCGGUCAGUAAUGGCUGCCUGAAGCCUCCAGUCCCCCAGGCGGUGGUCCAGCCUGAGGACAGAAGCUUCCCCCCCUCCCAGCCCUGGUUCUCCACCCAGCAGAGUCCGUCCAAACGCAGGGCGGCUGCUGAUGUGCUGUUUGACAGCUUCGCCUCAGACGGAAAAAUUAACGUCAGCCAGUUCUUUGAGGCUAUCUGGUGCUCCGGCCUGCACAGGUCUGAUCCUCGGCUCCGAGAAUGUUUCUUCCACCUGAGAAAACUGCAGGACACCGAGGGAACUGUGGACAGAAACGCCUUUCACAGGUGCGUCACCGGAUUCGUCUCUCUCAUCCUGAAAGCUCUGCAGGGACGAUUCGUCAUCCCGGAUUUUUCCACCUUCACUGAAGAGACUCAGAAGUUGUUUUCGAGGUGUCGUCAGCUGUCGUCUGUCCAGGAGAAGGAAAAGGAAACCAUGGACAGCACUAAAUGGGGCGUCUCAAUCUGCACUGUGGACGGGCAGAGACUGUCUCUGGGUGACUGGGCAGGCUCUCUGGUUCUGGGCGAGGUGUCAUGGCCGCUGGUGUACGGCGUGGCGGUGGACCUGCUGGGCUCUGACCUCGUCCACAGAUACGUUGGCGUGGAGGAAUACUCCAGACACGACUCUCCAUUCACACUCACUAAAACAGGAAUUCCUCACAGCCCGCUCACUGAGACAGGAGCCGUCGUCACUACAUCUUUACUGCAGCUGGCAGGGAGGCUGUGUGCAGAGGAAGAGGAGAAGUACGACUCGGUGCUGAACGUCGUCCGGAGACUCUGCAACAAGGAGCACGCCAACUUAAACUGCACCAGUUAUCAGAGCAGCAGGAAGGCCAGCGUCAGACUCCACGCUCUGUCUUUCUACCUGCAGGAGAAGAAGUGUUUUCCAGAGAAGGCGGACAUUAACGCCGCUUUGGAUCUGAUGCUGCAGUGCUCCUCAACAGAGGUCACCUGUGAAUCAGGAGCCGCCAUGGCUGCUUCGUUAGCCAACGGGGGCCUCUGCCCGCUGUCAGGUGACCAGGUGCUGUCGCCGGUGACAACACGGAGCAUGCUGUCCAUGAUGCAGGUGGCCGGGAUGAAGGAUUACUCCACCACCUUCCACUACAAGACGUCUAUACCCGCCGUGUCCAGCAGCCACGGCUCCCUGCUGGCGGUCGUCCCCGGUGUUCUGGGACUGAUGGCGUUCUCUCCGGAGUUAGACGCCUGUGGAAACCCCUGGAGAGCCGUCCACUUCUGCCAGGAGUUGAUCUCGACGUUCCAGCUGCACAGUUUUGACAUCAGGACUCCGUUCAGGCAGGUUCUGGCCUACAGACAGUGGAAAGCUGAAUCUGAGGGAUACCAGAUCAUGAACGUCCUGCUGGCGGCUUUUAAAGGAGACGUCCAGUCCCUGAGAAGGUACUUCCUGUCCGGAGUGGAUGUAAAUGCCGUCGACUACGAUGGCAGGUCGGCCCUGCACGUGGCGGCCGCCGAAGGUCACACAGAGGUCAUCCGCUUCCUGCUGGAGAACACCGGAGCAAACCCCGCCCUCAAAGACAGGUGGGGGAGCUCUCCUCUGCAGGAGGCCAGGAGACACAACAGAGACGCUGCAGUCCAACUGCUGCAGGGAAACAUCUGACCAAAUACAGCCAUAAUCUGACCUGGGACCUGCUCCAAACAGGUUUACUGAGUUAUCCAAACACCUUUAUUGAGUAAAAACCCCCAAAUCCCCUUAAAUCUGGAACAUUUACCGAUAAAGCCAAGGGGAGCUCCUUUAACAGAGCUUUAUAAUGAGUUUCAGCUCAUUGUUUAUCUGACCAGCUGCAACUUUACUGUUUUGGUUCACUCUGUCCUCUCGUAGUGUAAUUUUCGGCCGCAGCAAGCAGCCGGUUUCAGAGGAAAAGCUCUAAAAACCUCUAAAGAUCCAGAUAUUUCCCUCAGGAGUUGGUAGAGAGCAAGAACAGAGCUAAAAA